ACUGUAGUCUGUGCUGCGAUAUCGUGACGCAUGACACCACUAGUAGUGAACUAAGCCGAGAAAGUCGACACGCAAAUUGGUUUUGGUGCUGACCUGAAAAUGACCGGCCGCGGACUUAAGGCGCGGAUUCUUGCGCUCUUACUAGUAUGUCUAUUAGCUGCAAUAGUCGCUGAGGCAUCUCGCUCCUUGCGCGCGGUUCACCUGGAAAUUUCUGAUGGCGGCGACAGCUCUAGGGCAGCAGCGGCUGUCGUCAAUUCACAAGCCGCGGAGUGCAAGGGCCCGCACUGCGUCGAGCGCCAGCUGCAGAGCGCAAUCACCUUGGACUUGCGCAAAGACCCCUGCGCCAAGUCGCCCCCACCGCCGCCUCCGCUGUUUCCGACCCGGCCACCUCGCCCCGAAAUGCCCGCACCUGCUCCCCCGCUCUUCCCCGGCGACGAGCCACAAGCCCAGGCACCCUACCUUGCUAUCUGCGGGCAGUACCAUACCCUCCGGCCGGCAGAGACAUGCACUGCUAUCGUGAACCUCUACUCUCUGUCCUCAAUGGGAGGCAUAACUUUUCUACAGCGCAUUAACCCCACCCUCAAUUGCAACAACGUCGCGGCGUCGAUUGGCAUAUCCCUCUGCGUGAACAAGUACUCCCAAUGGUCCAUUCCCAACUGCUACAAGUUUGGCAACGUUUGGGAUGGGCAGUCCUGCGAUUCAUUGUCGGCAACGUAUGCGUCCACGCUCUACUACGGCCUUACGGACUUGUACAUGUGCAACAACGGCCUGAAUUGUGGCUCGCUGCGUCGUGGCAUGACCAUUUGCACCUGGUGCGUGGGAUCCGACAAGCCGUAGUACCUGUUGCACCCAGCAAGCAGCAGGGUUAGGUUAGGUGUAAGGCUUGUGGUUAAGCCGGCAAAGUUUACAGCUGGAUUGCAUGGCCUGAGGGCAGUUUGACGGGAUGGCGGCGGGGAGGCUGUACAGCAAGAUAGGGCAGGAGAGUAGGAGCAGCUGUUGCAAACCUUGAUUUGCAAUCAGAGCGGCUCUAUGUACAUAAAGGACACGACACCAUAGUGUCUGACACGCAUGCCAUGGCCGCCCAUGAUUGCGAGCCGUAUGGCCAUGUACUCCUUGAUUAUACACGAAUGAAGUUGCCGCAUUCUUGGACUUAACGCUUUUAAGAUUUGGCUUGCAGACAAGGCCUAAGGGCACUGAGUAUCGUCAUUCGGGGCUACUUUGUCAGCUGCUGACUGCUCCGAGUUUGUGGAUUCUGGCGUGCUGGGCUUUGUGCACCUGUGAUACCGGUAUUUGGCCAGGGACUCUGCGUGUGAUGGGACAGGGUAAGGGGCAGGUUGGCGUAGUCCCGUACUAUGCAGCGUAUUCCCAGACCGGCAGACCCCAACAUCCAAUUUGCGACGUCAAGGCAAGAGUGCGCAGCUUAUGUAUCGCCAGGGUUUUGCACUUAGACAUUGCUAACUUGCUGGCAGGCUGGUAGUUUGCUGACGCGCACUCCUCACGCCCCGGGCGCCCGGCCACGCACGGCCUCUGGGGCACGAAUACCUCCACUCUGUCGUGCGCCAUUGCUGGCGCGCGUCAUUCAGGGCAACCACUGCCCGUGUACGAGUUAUGGGGUAUUGGGUCUGAGGCAGCAGUCGGUUGAUCACUCCGAGCCAGUGGCAGCCCUAGAGUAAACCAUGGCUGGGGCGUGACAACUCCAGUGCUGGCAUGACCAGCUUGUGGGUUGGCCUUCAUGUGAAAGCUGUGUAACCAUUUUAAGGG